AUGGACCAUGUGCAGUUUAUCGCUGCUGCUCGCAGUCGUGCAUUUUUUGCUAGCAGAGGUGCUCAAUACACUGCUGUAUCAUUAUCGAAAGGAUGGAAAGUCGCCGACACACAUAUCAGACGUGCACAGUUCCAUUCCAAGACCGUAAAGGUCCCACAGAUGGCCGAGUCCAUCUCCGAGGGUACACUCCGAUCAUGGUCAAAACAGGUUGGGGACACCGUCGAGGCUGAUGAGGAGGUUGCAACCAUUGAGACGGAUAAGAUUGACGUCAGUGUCAAUGCGCCUGCAGCAGGGAGGAUUGUAGAGUUGCUUGCAAAGGAGGAAGACACUGUCAGCGUUGGCCAGGACCUCUUCAUAAUUAAACCUGGCGAAGGCGGUGAGGAGGUGAAGAAGCAGGAUUCAAAGCCAAAAGAGGACAAGUCUAAAGCACCCCCUCCUGCCUCAAAGACCCCCGGCAAUCGGGGCGAGACAAGAGUUAAGAUGAACCGUAUGCGCCUGCGCAUUGCCGAGCGUUUGAAGGAAUCGCAAAACGCUGCCGCUUCGCUCACGACUUUCAAUGAGAUUGACAUGUCCUCUCUCAUGGAGAUGCGGAAGAAGUACAAAGACGAAGUGCUCAAAGAACAUGACGUCAAGCUCGGCUUCAUGAGCGCGUUCGCUCGUGCGUGUACUCUGGCACUGAAGGAGAUUCCUGCUGCAAAUGCAUCCAUCGAGGGUGACGAGAUUGUCUACCAUGAUUUCGUUGACCUGAGCGUCGCUGUCGCGACACCCAAGGGCUUGGUUACCCCAGUAGUGAGGAAUGUUGAGGACAUGGGCUUUGUUGAGAUCGAGAAGGAGAUUGCUGCUCUCGGAAACAAGGCUAGGGAUGGUAAAUUGAGUCUCGAGGACAUGGCAGGAGGCACCUUCACCAUUUCCAAUGGUGGUGUGUUUGGCUCAUUGUACGGAACGCCCAUCAUCAACCUACCACAGUCUGCUGUGCUCGGCAUGCACGCAAUCAAGGACAAACCUGUCGUUGUAAACGGCCAGAUCGUCAUCCGCCCCAUCAUGGUCGUCGCCCUCACUUAUGACCACAGACUACUCGAUGGCCGGGAGGCAGUCACCUUCCUAGUGAAGGUCCGCGACUACAUCGAGGACCCUCGGAAAAUGCUUCUUGCAUCGAGCUGAGCUUCCUUGGCGAUUAUUUCAUGUUCUUAUUUAUUCCAUCCGUGAUGUACUACAUUGAACACCAGGCCAUAAUUGGACUCCUUCGUCCACAAGGGAUCACUAAUAUUCCAGCCUCCGGAUGAGGCUCUGAUAAUUCGCAGAAACUUAACGAGUUAUGUGCCUUUGUUUAUUGAUUCCCCUACACUGUUAUAUUCGCUUGUAUUUAUUGUCAACGUUGUUAACCAUAACACAGCAAAUACUUGAUCACGGAGCUUGCAUGAAGCAAACUGUCCCAGUCUCAGACAGUUCUGUUCGGCCUAAAUUUGAGCGGCAGGUGUAGUUUUGAUGGGCUAGGGGUGUCCGAUUCGAGCUGGCUAUC